AUGGCGAUUGGUCUUCAGAAUCAGGGAAGUACGUGCUCGAUGAACAGCAGCCUCCAGUGCCUGCUACAUACGCCACGGCUAUCAGAUUUCUUUGCAAAGUCGGACAAGAUCAGGGGUGAAGUGGCGAAUGAUUUCAGGAAGCUGAUCAUUGAGAGCAUGCGUAGCAACGCGAGCGUGUCCAUCAAGCCAGGACCCAAGCUCCAAUCUAGCCCAGGCUCGCAACAGGAUGCACAGGAGUAUCUCAUGUUCCUCUUGAAUGCUUUGGAUCAAGAGCUGAAGCACGGUCAUGAUAUGAGGGCUGCCACGAAAAUGAAGCCUGUGAAAUCAGGGAGAAAGGAUCGUAAAGGUGGUGGUCAAGUGCAAAGCUCGCUAGUUGCAGAAAUUUUUGAGGGCCAGACUAGAACAAAGCUACAGUGCCCAAAGUGCUCCAACGAGGCCUCGGUGACACUUGAGACUUUCAUGUCUCUCUCGCUGCCAGUACCAUCAUCGACUGUGGGCAACACCAUUACGCUAGAAUCGUGCAUUCAAGAGUACACAAAAGAUGAUAUGUUGGAUGCAUGGUGCUGCUCAAAGUGCAAGAGUAAGCAGCACAACAUUUGCAAGAAGAUGGAGUUUGUGAAACUUCCAGCCUGCUUGAUUAUCCAUCUCGCAAGGUUCAAGUGUGAUUCGUCUGGGAAUGUCGAAAAGAUUGAUACUGCCAUAGAUAUUCCAGAAAGUGUGGAGAUCUCGGGGCAGCACUACUCACUAUAUGGGUUGAUAAACCACACGGGUGACGCUGAUUACGGGCACUAUACAGCGAGUAUAAAACUUGGAAACAGUGAGUGGUAUGCAUGUGAUGACGAAUCGGUGGAACAUGUUUCAGAACACAGUAGCUCCACAGAUGCAUACAUUCUGUUUUACCAGAAAACUUCCUAG